GCUUAAGUGAAGUGUUUCAGUUUAUGAUGUUUACAAUUUCUCUAACAAGUUCUUCGAUAAUAAUUUGUUCCCUUUCUUUUUGCAUAAGCAUAAGCAUGCAUCAUGUUGCAUUCGUGGUUUCUAAAUCGAGUCUCACACUGUGUUCACUACUUCAAAAAGGGGGGGAGUCAAUCAACCGCCGCCCAAGGAAAGUGGCCCGACGAAUUCUCCACAAACCCACUCGCAUUUACAACACCAGGGCCAAUCGGAAGAGGAUGGAUAUAGUUGAACAAGAAAAUCAGAGUCUCAGGGAGGAGGUUGCCACUUUACGAGAGGGAAUGGAUAGGUUGACGACCAUGAUGAGUGCACUCCUGUCAGCCCAGAACUCUCAAGCUGCCGCCGCUACUGUAGAGCAGCCCUUGGUGAGCACAACCCCGCUAUCUACGGUGACUUCUCCACCCCUCUUUUUGCCUCCAGGUUGUACAUGGGGAAUGCCACCUCCAGUCUGUGGAAGCCCCCAGCCCGCUGUAUCUGAAGUUCCACCGCCUUUUGCUCAGCAGUCAGCACCAGUUCCGCAACCCAGUACCUCUUUCCCUCAAGCUGCAAUGACUUAUUCAGCUCCACUGAUUCACACUAUUCAACAAGAGGUUGAACCAAUUUUCCAAGCUGAAAAUGUUGUAGCCUUCGACAAGAUGGAAGAACUCCAAGAAAGAUUUGAUGGUAUGCAAAGGGAAGUCGAAGCCCUCCGAGGAAGAGAUCUGUUCGGGAAGGACGCCUGUGAAUUAUGCUUGGUCCCAAAUGUUACUAUCCCUCACAAGUUCAAGGUGCCAGACUUCGAGAAGUAUAAAGGGAACUCUUGUCCCCGCAGUCACUUGGUGAUGUACGCGCGGAAAAUGUCCAUGUAUACUGACAAUCAUAAGCUGCUUAUUCAUUUCUUUCAGGACAGCCUAACUGGGGCCGCUCUGAAGUGGUAUAUGAAUUUGGACAGUGCGAGCAUUCGUACUUUCAAUGACCUGGGUGAAGCGUUCAUCCGGCAGUAUAAGUACAAUUUGGACAUGGCCCCAGAUCGUGAUCAGCUCCGUGCGAUGACACAAAAAGAGAAGGAAACGUUCAAGGAGUAUGCCCAACGUUGGAGGGAAGUGGCUGCCCAGAUUGUCCCGCCGUUGGAAGAAAGGGAAAUGACCAAAAUAUUUUUGAAGACCCUGAGCCAGUUUUAUUACGAGAAAAUGGUUGCAAGUGCACCAACAGACUUCACCGAAAUGGUCAACAUGGGGGUGCGAUUAGAGGAAGGUGUCCGAGAGGGACGUUUGACUGGGGAAAGUGUCCCUGCUGCAAGCAAUGCCAAGAAGUUUGGAGGCCACUUUGCGAAGAAGAAAGAUCAAGAGGUGGGGAUGGUAGCUCAUGGUAAGCCUCAGCAGAAUUUCACCCCAUAUCGUCAGGUUGCGAAUGUCGCAUCCGCUAUCCCAAACCCAUCAUAUCACCAACAAAGGCCACAUUACCCCUACCCAUACCCUCCACAACAAUACCCUCCACAACAAUACCCUCCACAACAAUACCCUCCACAGCAAUACCAUCAGCCACAAUACCCUCAAAAACAACAAAAUCGCCCGCAACCCCCCCAACAACCAUAUCACUCACAAAACCGCCAGAAAACAACCUUUGAUCCAAUCCCGAUGAAAUAUGCUGACUUACUCCCCGCCCUGCUCGCCAAAAACCUUGUCCAGGUCAGAACACCCCCUCGUACACCAGAUGUUUUACCUCCCUGGUUUCGUCAUGAUUUAACCUGCGCUUUCCACCAAGGGGCCCCAGGUCAUGACGUUGAAAACUGCUAUGUCCUGAAGAAUGAAGUGCAAAAGCUAGUCCGGGCCAACUUGCUAUCCUUUAAAGAUCAGAAUCCCAAUGUUCAGGCGAACCCUCUACCGAACCAUGGGCCUACUGUUAACAUGAUACAAGAUUGUGAUGAAGACGGUGUCAUCCUGAACGUCCAGCACGUUCGAACUCCCCUGGUCCCAAUACAUAUCAAGAUGUGCGAGGCAGCUCUGUUUGACCAUGAUCAUGCAGCGUGUGAAAUAUGUCCGGUGAAUGUAAAAGGAUGCCCUAAGUGGGGAAUCAACUACUACUCCACUGGUGAUUAG